UCUAGUAUGGGGUCAUACAACUUUGUCUUUAAGGUGGUACUCAUCGGGGAGUCAGGAGUUGGGAAGAGCAACCUGUUGGCUCGCUUCACGAAAAACGAGUUCAACCAUGACAGCCGCACCACCAUUGGAGUGGAGUUCAGCACCCGGACCAUCCAGCUGGACACCACCGUUAUCAAAGCCCAGAUAUGGGACACGGCUGGACUAGAGCGCUACAGAGCCAUCACCUCUGCGUACUACAGAGGAGCAGUAGGCGCCCUUCUGGUGUAUGACUUGACCAAGCACCUGACCUAUGAGUAUGUGGAGCGCUGGCUGAAGGAGCUGUACGACCACGCCGACCCUCACAUCGUGAUCAUGCUGGUGGGCAACAAGAACGACCUGGAGGCCCAACGCACCGUGCCAACAGAUGAGGCCAAAGUCUUUGCAGAGAGUAAAGGUUUGCUGUUCAUGGAGACAUCAGCUUUGGAGUCCACAAAUGUUGAAUCUGCCUUCCUUGAAGUCUUAACAGAGAUCCAUAGGAAAGUGUCCAGCAGAGAGGUCACCAGGGGAUCCAUUAGUGCUGUGGCCCUUUCAGCUCCGAUUGGCCCCACAAGCGAAGCCCAGAACGAGGGCAAAUCCUGCUGUGGUUCCUGAUUCAAUUUUAUUCCCCACUUUUUCUUUUGUAAUCAAUGUAAAUAAAAAAAACAUUCCAUUUCGAGUAUUUCACUGGUUUCAUUUCUGAAAUAUGAAACCUGUAAAACAACAGUUCGAAAUACUUUUCUAAAACAUUUAACUGCAUUUGCUUCCAAAGGUUCUUUUUGUUCCUUCAGACUCAUACAUGUUUUUUUUCACUCUUUUGCGACAUGUUUCAUGUUCUCUCCCAAUGGAUUUUGCAUUGUUGAGCAAGACUGAAGUGCAAUACAAAAGGGUUGUGAGCAUUUUGUACACAGUACACUGUCUGGGUGUGAACUCCCAUGAAUGACGAGUCUCGAUCAGCAAUAGAAAAUGAGACUCAAGCUCACAGGCAGGGGCUCGGGGAGGAUAACCAUCCAUUUCAUGACCCAGGGAACCAAUCACCUCUACGUCA